AAUAUAAAACAUGUGAUAUAUGAAUAUAAAACAUGUGAUAUAUAAAUAUAAAACAUGUGAUUAUGUAUAUUUUUAUAUGUAACCUGCACAGCCAUACACUGUGGGAAAACUAUUAAGAAUCAACUUUAAAAAGCUGCAUUCAGAAACAGUAACUACAUUAAAUAAUGAUGAUAUUAAACAGAACAGUCUAUGAACAUAAAUGUUCUUUAGGUGCAAAAAAAACAGGUUGUAAUUAAAAGUGCAGAUUCUUCAGACAGUGAUAAAUAUCACAGAAUACACAACAUAUAGAAAUAUAAUGGAUUUCUAUAUACUAUAAUAAAAUAACAACAAAUAAAUGUAUUAAUAUGUAUAUAAUGUAACAUGAAUACAUACUAAUAUACUCUAUAAAUAUACAUAAAUGCUGUUUUAUGUAAAAGAUCGUAUAUAACAAUAAGAAAUGACUAACUGCAAUGAAGAAUUAUUACGUUAUCAUAUAUAUAUUAUAUAUAUAAUAUUUUGGUUUCUAAAAAAGAUAAAUAAAUAAAUUACUACGACUGUCAGAUAUAUCACAAAUAUGACACAAAACCAAAUCAAACAUAGAGAUUGAAGUUUGGCCAAAGGUUCAAUAAAACACUGUUUUAAAAUAAAUUAAAGCUAAAUUGUUGAUUUUAAACUGAGUUUCAUUUUCUCUGAACUUCAACCAACUGCAUCAUUUUAUCAAUUUACUUCACUGAUUUAAACCUGAUCAGUUUGUGAUCAGGUUGUGAUCAGGUUGUGAUCAGGUUGUGAUCAGUUUGUGAUCAGUUUGUGAUCAGUUUGUGAUCAGGUUGUGAUCAGGUUGUGAUCAGUUUGUGAUCAGUUUGUGAUCAGUUUGUGAUCAGGUUGUGAUCAGGUUGUGAUCAGGUUGUGAUCAGUUUGUGAUCAGGUUGUGAUCAGGUUGUGAUCAGGUUGUGAUCAGUUUGUGAUCAGGUUUAGCCACAACAAUGAUCUGAUCAUUACAGGAAAUAAUCACAAGAUCAGUCUCAGAAAUUAGAAAUGAAUAUUUUGACUUCAUCAGAACACACACACACACACACACACACACACACACACACACACACACACACACACACACACAUAUAUAUAUCUAUAGAUAUAUAUGAUAAAGUGACGUAUAUAUGACGUCAUGUGUUUUUCAGGCGAGCAGGAAGACAAAGAAGAAGGAGGGCGGAGCUAAAAGAGCUCAGAGAGCCUCUUCCAAUGUUUUCUCCAUGUUUGAACAAACCCAGAUCCAAGAGUUCAAAGAGGCCUUCACACUGAUCGACCAGAACCGGGACGGGUUCAUCGAUAAGGAAGACCUGAAGGACACGUACGCCUCUUUGGGUAAACUCAACGUGAAGGACAACGAGCUGGAAGACAUGUUGAAGGAAGCGACUGGUCCCAUCAACUUCACCAUGUUCCUCAACCUGUUUGGAGAAAAGCUCCACGGCACAGACCCUGAAGACACCAUCUUAAACGCUUUCAAACUGUUUGAUCCCGACGCCAAAGGCUUCAUCCACAAAGACGAGUUACAGAAGUUACUGAUGACACAAGCAGACAAGUUUACACCUGAGGAGGUGAAGCAGAUGUUCCAGUCGUCAAACAUCGACGCUGCAGGACACCUGGAUUAUAAAUCUCUGUGUUACAUCAUCACUCACGGAGAGGAGAAGGAGGAGUAACGAGUCAGUUUGGUUUUGACGCCUUGAAGCUGAUGUUUGUCAAAUAAAAGAAAAAAAAAAAGAAAAACUGAUUUAAAUUCAUUGAUUUUGUUUUUCACUUUGGUUCAAACUGAAACUUAAAAAUGUAAAAGUCCCACUUGUUUUUUCCCUCAGGAUCCUAAUGUUACCUGUCUGUGUCUCAGCCGUACGGUACCAGCAGAUAUAGAAUCUUUGAAUCAUUGGUUCAAAUCAUUAACGACUGCGUUAGAAAACAUCUGGGUCUUUGAUAAGAAGUCAAAAGUACGGUGGCCCCCGAGGGCCACCCGAAACUAAAUCCAAGCACAUGGCCACAGUGCAGAUUUACACAUGGCCUCAUAUGACCCCUGGGGGCCUCCGUACAAAGGCACAAGAAGCCUUAACUACGUCUCCCAAGGUGCAUUUCAGCAGGAAACAUCCAAUCACAGAGCUUAAAGCUGUGUCACAUGAGUUGCUAACGU